UGUUUAACCCGGAAGUGGAUCUACCGAGGUUCUGUAGUCUAUUCCGGGUUUGCAAGCGAAGUGUGGAUAAAAAAUUGUCUUUAAAUGAUGCAGCUUCACUUUACGAAAGAUGUUUUGCCAAAUUCUGUCAGCGGCGACUUCCAAAACCUCAACAAAUUCAACGAGCAGCAAUUUCUUCGUCUGAUGGAAAUUCUCUUCCAGUUUUUGUUGAACCCAAAAGAGACAGAGAAGUUAAUGGAGCAGCUGAGUGACUUUGCAGGUGAAAACAGGAUGAGUGCAGGCCCACUCAAAAACCUCAUGAAGAGCGUCAUCGUCGUGCCACAGGGUGCGAUGAAGCGAAACCUGACAGCUGAGCAGCUGAAAGAAGAUCUUCAGACUUUAGGACUUCACGAGGACAAGGCGGCUCACUUUUCACAACAGUGGGCGGAGCAUCGCACGAAGCUGUGCAGACUGGCCGUGCAGCAGACGCUCACCGUCAACCGACUAGUAGACAUGGAAUGGAAGUUUGGGGUGACCGUCGGCACCAGCGAGAUCCACAAGAUGAGCAACAUCUUUUUACAGCUGAAACUGGUUGUCCAAAAGGGGAGUUCCACGGAAAACCUCUACAUGGAAUUAAGCCUUCCCCAGUUUUACAACUUUCUGCGCGAGAUGGAGAGAGCCAAGGCGAGCAUGGACUCGUUCAGCUGAGUGAUUGUGUGCAUUUAUGUAGCCUUUUCUCUUUGUGUUUUUAUGAAUUAUGUGUGAGAACAUUUGUACAAGCCACAACAACACAUUUAAAUCUAACAAUAAAAUUAUGUCAAGAAUG